GCGGCGGGCGGCGACGCGGCCGGCGCGGGCGGAGACAACUUGCGUGCAGUCGCCAUGCACGCACUCGCGGACGCGUGCGGCUCCGUCGGCGCCAUCGUCUCCUCCCUGGCCGCAGAGUGGUACGGCUGGCGCUGGGUCGACCCAGUCUGCUCGCUCCUCACCGCCACCCUGCUCCUCACCUCCGCGCUUCCCCUCGUGCGGCGUUCGGCGAGGGUGCUACUGCUUUGCGCGCCCGCCGGCCUCGACGCGCCAGGCUCGACCGAGGAGCUCGCCUCGGAGAUCGUUGCCGCUGUGCCAGGCGUGCGCCGCGUCGCGGACAUACGAGUCUGGAUGCACACGGCGGUCUCCUCCACGGCAACCACGACGGUGACGGUGGAGCCAGCGGGCAGCAGCGGCAGCUUUGGCGGCGGGGAGGGGCGAGCCUGCGCGGUCAGUCGCGGCGUGGAGGCGGUGCUUCGCCGGCGCGGCGUGGCGCGGGUGUACGUGCAGGUCUUGCGCGAGGGGAGCGGCACGUGGGCCGCAGAGGAGGCGCGGCGUGGUGGGGAAGAGGCGCGGAUUGGCCGCGCGGAGGAGACAAGACGAUCCGUUGGGUCGGGUGACGCUUGAGAGACCAGAUAGACGUAUACUGCAAUACAAUAUAUGCGUCCUAUGUGCGUGAGGCGGAUGGACCGUGGUUCACACGACACAGACAAAUGGUGACACUGAGGUGGGGGGGUGUCCUCUUCGCUCUUGCGUGUUGAUAUGUGCCGAGCCGGUUUAUAAUUAUAGCGUUUUUAUCAUG